UCCAGAGGGCAAUAAGAAGGAGCUGUGGGACAGGAACUUGUGCCCAGAACUGAGUUGUGUACCACUGAGUCUUCUGCCACGUACCUACAGGAUGAAGAACUUUUCAUUUCCUCUCCUUUUCCUUUUCUUUCUUGUCCCGGGGCUGCUGGGCUCCAGCGUGCCACCAUGUCCCAUGGAUGAAGCCAUUGACAAGAAGAUCAAUCAAGACUUCAACUCCCUAUUGACAGCUGCAAUAAAGAAAGCUACCCUGCACUGCUGGACAGUGUCCUCCAGAGGGAAGCUGGCCUCCUGCCCAGAAGAUUCAGCAGUCACGAGCUGUUCCUGUGGCUCUGGCUGUGGCUCGUGGGAUGUUCGUGAGGGAACAAUGUGUCACUGCCAGUGUGCAAGCAUAGACUGGACAGCAGCCCGCUGCUGUGGCCUGCAGGUCGGUUCCUGAGGUCGGUCGAUUGAGAACUGAGCUUGCCCUCCACAUGUUGCAGAGGGACAGGGAUGGGGACUGGGAUGAGGGGCAUGGUGACGGGGAUGGGGAGUGGGCAGGGAGCAGGGGGCAGGUCCAAGAUGAGGGUCUGGAAAUACAGAAUGAGAUGAUGGUGAUGAUAAAGAUGCAUGAUGAAGUGGG